GUGCUUGUUUAAGUGUUUUGGGGGCUUUUUUUUUUUUUAAUGCUGAGUUUAUUAAAAAACUUUAAAAAGUAGCCUUUUAUGAAAGCUUUUGCAAACUUCUGAGGAGUGGAUGGGCUUGUACGAUUGUUGCUAGUGCUUGUGCUACCAAGAAAUUGCCUGACAGACUUCAUACUGGUGUGAAGGAACCCGCUGCUGAGGAAGCCUGUUUAUGAAGCUCUUGUGUUGUAAGAUUUUUUUUUUUUGUUUUAAAAGAUUAUUUCAGAUAUUUCUUCCAAGCAUUUCAUUUUUAGAACAAAAUGUUUUUGGAGGAUAGAAGGCAGUUGAAUAAUUAAUAUUAUUAUAAGUUCCCUUUGUAGGACAGAAAGAAGUUCAUGGUGUAAAGAGAAAACAAGGUCUCUACUAAAUAGUUGUGCUUAGUAAGUGUUGACAGGUUUUACAAGUUAAAUGACCUUUAUUUUACUCAGUUAUGGAAGGUAUUUUAAAUUCUGAAAAAGUAUUAAUUGCUUUUUCUUCUCUCUCUCUCUGGGCAGGAUUAUUGAUUCAACGCGCCGAUUCUGUCCCGUGUGAAUUCAUCUCCUGAACACCUGCACCAGGUGUUUGGCAGCAGGUGAGGGACUGGGACUCGAGUGGGAGAGGGAGCACGGCUUAAAGCCAAGGCCAUCACAGACCCUGCUGCUGCCUGCUGGAGUGUGGACGUGAUCAAGCAACGCCCUCGCCGAGGAGGAUGCAGCCUUCCCCCCCGGCCGACUUAUAAUGAGAUCCAGCGCCCGGUAAGUGGCCCGCUGCCUUCCAGCGGCACAGGACAGGCGCGAGCACAGGAGGAUCCACCCAGGACAAACGGGAAUGGCCUCUCCGGCCUUUGGGAUUUGCCACACCAUGGAUCUCCGCACGUCUGGAGCUCGUGAGGAGCCCAAGUAGGAGAGAGGAGUCCUCAGGUGCCAGCCAAGAAAUUCAUAUUUCAUGGGAGGUGAAAGUGAGUCCCGGCAGUAGCUGAGCGGCGGAGGGUGCCAAGGUCUGAAACGAUGCGGCAGAGCCCCGCCGGCGCUCGGGACCCUGCGCCGCCCCGGCCCCGGGGAGCCGCUGCCCCUCUCACCGCCGCGGUGCCCAUCAGCGGAGGACCAGGCCCGUGACGGAGGGACGGCAGCUCGCAGCGGGACGGGAAAACGGGGCUUUCUAGCCUUUCCCCCGGCUCGGUAUCAUGACUGGAGAGACCCAGCAUGUUUACACCAUCGGCGAUACUGAGGCCGGUCCCAAAGACCCCGACAAGGACUUUGGCUUUGAAGGCUGCGGGGAGAAGGAUGGGAGGGCGCUUGGCGGGGAGGGCACGUCCCCCUUCCCCGGCCCCAAGGACAAGGAGCCCCACAGCCAGCGGGAAGCCGUGAUCCGGCCACAGCAAGCAGGAAAGAUCGACUUCAAAUCCCUCCACCGCAAACCCAAGUUUGGAAACGACGGCGCUUGGGGAGAGGUCAAGGGCAGCCCCCAAUCCCCCCCAGGGAAGGGCCGAGCCCGCGAGCGCAGCCGGCGCUCGGGGAAGGGUGAGCGGGGCCACCAUCAGCUUUACCGGCUCAGCAUCGCCGGUACCCGGCCGAACCCCACCAUCGGUAUCGCCUACCCCCAGCAGAAGGUGACCCCACCGAAGAAGCCAGAGGAGAAUCACGGCCCCGUGGCCAGCAGCUACCGCUUCCACGUGCCCAGCAUCCCCCAGCACGAGUCCGAGCUCCGGCAAGACGACCUCGGCUUUGGCCGCUGCUUCCCCGAUGCCGCCACCGGCCAUACCUCUGCCAACUAUACCUCACAGCCCGCUCCCCGCCACGGCCCCAAAGGGCAGCCCCCCGCUGCCGGCAUCCCCCUCAAGAGCCCCGGCACCAAUGGGCAGCUACAUUAUUUAGAGUUUCAGGCGAACGGGGCUGACUCCUGGCCUUCCCCGGAGAAGAGCUUUGCCGGUGCUAGCUACGGGGUCUCAGUGCAGAAGCCCAGCUCUUUCCCCGAGGGCAGCAAAGCUGGCACCCAUGGUCUGGGGGCUUUGCCGUGCCAGUACCCCUUCCAGCUGCUGCACGACUCGGGGAAGGAGCCGUACCGCAGCGAUGCGGGGAGCCAGGAGUACCUGGACGUGGGGCUCACCGCCGGCCAGCUGGCUCACAGCGCCUUCGCCUUCCACUCGUCCUCCAGAGAGUGGCAAGAGGAGGUGCUGAGCAGCGGCUCCUACGAGAGCGUGUCCCCCGAGGGCAGGCUGUACGGCUUGCCCGCCCCACCGCCGCCACCGCUGCCACCAUUCCUGCACCCGCCGCCGCCGCCGCCGCCGGCCCCGCACCACGGCCCGCUGCCGUGCUGCAAGGGCAGGAGCGAGCAUCCCGCCGACCCCAAUGGUGCUCUCUCGUCGUCUGGUGCUAUCGACCAAAACCCAAGCACUUUCCAAGAAAACCAAGCUGUUUUUCCGUCUAGUUUACACUCGCCUAGUAUGCCAAAGCCAGUCGGUAAGAGGCAAGCCUCAGCGAAAGACAGUGUCCCCAGCCCGCGGCUGCUGGUCCAGAGCAGCCCUCUGAGAAGGAACAUGCCACCGAACUCUCUCUCCCAAGUGCACUUUCAGAGCAAAGCCUAUUGCAGUUCCCCCGCGGGCAGCGCCAGCGCAGGAUCCGUGCCUUUCGAGACAAGCAUUCCCACUACGGCACCCACCCACCCCAGGCUUGUGCAAGCUUGGGAAGGUGCCACUAAGGCGUUUUCUUCCAUGGAUCAGAAUUCAGCACCUUAUUCAAACCCUGUUGGAAACCAGUUCUCAUUCGAGUGCCAGUCUGGCCCCGAGCAGAGGCAGCACAGGCAGAAAAAUGCCAGGAUGCCUUGGCAGCAAAUACACCUCACUUCUGCAAUGCCCGGUCAAAACAGGCUAGAGCUGUCGAGACAGAUCACCAGCCAGAAGCUUCCCUUCCCCCUGGGCACGUCGGAGUGGCAGGGGAGUGGGAAAGCCCAGAAAGGGCCCCCCAUAAGUAACUCUUCGGGGUAUCAUGGCAAAAAGCUCUUAUCGGGAGAGAGCCUCGGGGUCCAGAGGGGAGACCCCAACUCGACGGGUGCUUUCUCUUUCGAAAGUGGGAAGGAGCCAGGGUCUCCCGCCUGCGAUUCGAGAAGCAAAGCCCUCUUCUACAGCAUGGGUCAAGCAGGUCCUCCUCCUCCUCCUCCCUCAAGGAGCUCGUCGGGCCCAGCGCUAGUCCUGCCGCCGUCAGCCUUGGUGGCUGCCUCACCUUGCGAGUCCCCGCUGCCGUCCCCUGUCCCCAACCCCACCUGCGGCAGCACCUGCUCGUCGCUCUCCCCCAUGUCCAGCAGCCCGCUCAACCCUGGCUUUGAAGACAGCCAGAUGUCCGGAGCGCUGACCCCCUCUCCCUUCUUCCAGCACCCCUGCCAUCCCAAGGACGGCAACAAAACCUUCCACCCCUCCGACGUCCUGAGCUCAGGCUCGCUUCAUUACCACCCCCCGGACUCCAUCAAGGCCUUCCACUUUGCUCCUGAUGCCCUGAAAGAUGACAACCUCCUGAAAUGCACCCCGGCGAGCCCCUUCCACAAACCCGGUGUGGAGGUAGCCAAAGGAUGCUCAGAUGGGCUGGACGGGGAGCAGCCUCCGCCACCGUACUCUUCCCAUCACUUGCUGGCCAGCUCACUCAGCAGCGCCAGCCUGGACCAGUUAGACGUGCUCCUGACCUGCAAGCAGUGCGACCAGAACUACAGCAACCUCUCCUCCUUCCUGCAGCACCGCCAGUUCUGCGCCUCCCAUCCCGCUCCCCAGGGAGAGGGCAAGGAUGCCCCCCGGGCAGCCGAGGGGCGGAAAGCGCUCCCCCUGGAGCCCCCCAAGCCCCAAAGCCUGGCGCUGUCUCCGGACCCCCAGGCGCAUUUGUUGGUGUUAAACAAGAGCGAUGACUUCUUGCUGGAUGGGGAAAGCAAAAGCGAGGGCAAGGAAGAUGCUCUGAAGGGCGGCCUCUUCAACGGCCUUGCUGCCAGCUCCCUGCCGCUCACUGCCUCGGACCUGGACAUCGACGACGCCAAGCUGGACAGCCUGAUCACCGAAGCCCUCAACGGCCUGGGGUACCAGUCAGAUAACCCGGAGAUCGACAGCAGCUUCAUAGACGUGUUUGCUGACGAGGAGCUGCCGGGCGUGAAGGCGGCUGGCGGUGGGAUGUCCCACAAGGCGAAGGAAGCCCUGGCCUCGGAGAGCAAGUCAAAGCAGGGAACUGCGGAGGAGAAGGCAGCGGGCCAGCCCAAGACUGGCUAUUUUUAUGAGGAUGGCCACCCAGCUGGGGAGCAGAUGAAGAGAGGGGCAGGAAAGCAGCACCUUCACAAGGGGAGGGUGGCACGGAGGUUGGCAGCCCAGGAGCCGGAUCCCGGGGCAGCGGGAGCAGAGAGGACAGCCAGGCUGCGGGUGGGUAGGAAGAACAGCAUCCAACCAGCCACCGCCUCCUCCAAGUCCACCUCCAGCCAAAAGCAUCCCAGGAAGCUCAGCCAGGAGCCUCCAACAAAGAGCGAAGUGGGGCCAGGUGUUGCCACCAAGAGCUCCAAGCCACCCCGGUUCUCCAUGAAGGACGUGAAGAAGCGGAAGCCCCGAAGCGGCACGUGGAGCAAGGAGCUCAUUCACAAGAUCGUGCAGCAAAAGAACAAGCUCCACAAACUGCAGGUGAAGAGCAGUAAGCAGGCACAGUUCCCUCAGGUCACCGAGAGGCCGGUGCCAGCCGCCAAGGAGGGCAGGUUUCGGGAAUACGACUACGUCUCCGACUCGGAUGAUGAUGGGGCAGAGUGCAGCAAGCCCCAGGGGAGGAAGAAGCACGGCACGAGAUUCGUCGGGAGGACCAAGUACAGCUUUAGCAAGAAACGCUCGGGAAGAAGUGAGCGAGCCAAAGAGAAAGACCCAGCCUGGAGCUACAGCCGGAAAAGGGACAGUCAGAAGAGGGAGGCAGAGGAGCCCAGGGGGGUCCCAAGCCAGGAGGAUGCCAAGAAAAAGGAUUGUGUGGCCAGAGUCCGAAGACGGAGCAGCCAGUCAUCUACUGGCAGCAACCACAGCGUGCCCGGCGAGACUGGCACCAGCCCUGCCCGCACUGAUGGGGCCGGCUCGGGCAGCGAGAAGGGAGGCACGCAGAGGAGGAGGCGCUCGGGCAGCCUGGCACGUGCGCCAAGGACUCCUCUCAGCCCUCCCGAGGACAGGAGCCCAAAGAAAGGCCAGAAGAGCAAGGAGGACUUUUCCAGGGGGAGCAGGCGGUUUGGCUCAGCCAAACCUUUGCUAGCAGGCUCCAGGACACAUCCGAGUACUGAACCAGAUGUUGCUGCAGCAGACUGUGCAAAGAAGGAGCUGUUACCGCAGCCCCAGGAAAGGCAGCUGCCCAGCACGGCCACCUCGGGCAGGAGCCCCAUCGGGCUCUCCUGUAAAGAGGGGGCAGAAGAGCCCAAAGGAGCAGCAAAGCACUCGGCUGAGGCAGGAGAACCCACCCUGGAGGCUCAGGACUCACCUGAGCUGACCGUGGUCAACCAGAGGCAUCAGUUUGCCCCUUUCACGAGCGAUGGGCUGAAGUACCAUGCAGAAGAGCUAAUUGCUCCAUCCCAUGGCGGUAACGACGCUAGUCCUGGCAACGUAAGUGCCGCCUACUCGGAAGCGGGCAUCAAAUAUUUGAAGGCACAUGGACUCUGCGAUGGUCGGAAGGACUAUCCCACGCCGGUUGCCCCGUACGGGGGUGAUGCAGUAGGGAUGAUGCUUAAUGCCAAGGCCCACGAUCCCUAUGUCAGCAGUGACAACACAUUUUUCGAUCCCAAAGGCCUUCCUGGUCACUACGAUGACAACCUCUUCUCAAAGCCCCCAGCCGUGGGAUCUUCGCACAUAGAUGACAUGUACUUAUGCCGGGAUGACAUCAACGCCAGCUCCUUCGAGCAGAAGCACGCCAGCAUCUCCCCCUACGCUGCAGAAACGCCACAGGCCAAGGUCUCCUCCCCUCUGAGCUUCGAUUCCUCUUCGAUAUUUGGAGAGCUUCCCGUCACUGAGUUUGAUCCGCCGCUCUACGAGAGCGUUUCUGCGAGCAAGGACGGUUAUGUGACAACAUUUGCCUGCCCCGGCAACCCCCCCAGCAAGCCACUGCCAUUUGAGCAACCAUAUCCACCGUUCAUGCCAGAGAAAGACUGGUCCCUCAUGGAGGAGGUGGCUCCGAUGCUGCCAGAAGACAUGACUCAGUUCCACAGCCUUUCAGUGGAAAAGCCACUAGCCAAGAAAUUCCCCGAGGAAGGACCUGUCCCCACCAGCCAACUGUCCCUGCCGCUGCCGGACAGGAUAACGGAUUAUAACGUGACUUUUAUGAACAACAUAUCAGACGAUGAGCUGGAGAUCAAGAGAUUAGUCACAGAGCUGGAAAGUCAACUGCAAACCAGCAAGCUGGAUAGCGAGGCAUCUGUUGCCCUUCAGAAACCCGAGCAACAGGUUGCUGCCCACCUGCGAGGACAGGCGGCUGAGCAGUUACCGCCGCUGCCAGCCGAGCAAGAGACGGGCCAGGAGAAAGGACUGUUUUUGGCAGAUGAGCUGGGCAGUUCAAGCCUCUGUGUCCGCGAGAGGCUGGAGGGCGAGAAGCCGGCCGUCACGAGCACCCAUGGGGACUACGAGAGACCCAGGGAGCCCUGGCCUUGCCCGGUGGAGCUGGGCUCGCUGGAGGCAGGGGUGUGCACAUCAGCCCCGCUCACCGCAGACCGUUUCUGCUCCAAAGACAGCAGCGAACAGCUCCAGGGAGCUGCGGCUGCCGAGGAAAGUGGUCCUGGAAAGAUGGAAAAUGGGUCUUCCUCCAAAAGUCUACCUGGCUCACGCACACCAGACCAAACAGAGGCUCCCAUCUACACGGACCCUGUGACAAAAAGCCCCGCUGUUGUCACCGUGUUCCCCAAGACCCUAGAGGCAGCAGAAACGACCAAAGAUCCCCUGCCACCCCUGCCAUGCCAGCACGGUGCCAAGAGCUUCCCUGUGCCAGGGAAAACAGAUGACAGCUUCGCUGAUGCUGCAGAGCUGGAGAAGUUUGAUGCCCGUCUUCCAAACCAUAAACCUGAAUUUGGCUUUCAGCAAGGUCCCACCCCAGCCUUGGAUCUUGCCUUUUCUCCUCACAUCAAAGAGGUCCCAGAUACAGAAGAAAGACCCUUAAGCAGGCCCGAGUCACCCAAAAUGGCGAAAAGCGCCAUGGACUUCAAAGGGGAUGGGGAUGGGUCUGUGUCGGUGGAAGAAACAGACGCAAGGAAGAGCCCCACCACCUAUCCAGCCCCUAGACCCAGCGACAAAGCCAGCAAGCAAAAAGUGCUGCUGUUCGAUAUGCUGAGUCUGCCCAAGGAGAACAACUGCGGCUCCCAGAAGAUGAUGGCAUCCCAGGAGACGGCUGCCAACCCUUUGCAGCAGCUCCAGCUCUUCGUUGCCCGAACGGUGAAGAGCAACGAAGAGGAGCUGUUGAUGCCGUGCUUCCCCAUGCUUCUUGCUCCCAGCCACCCGUCUGCCACCGCCCGCAUCCAGCCGGAGCAGAAAGAGGAGAGUGGUGGUGCCUUGGAGGGGGAAAAUCGGACAUAUUGCCCUGCCCAAGGGGAGGGGAACAUCCCCGUUGGAGGCAACACAGAAAAAACUGCUGCCCCAGUGAAAGAGGCUGUGCUUUUCUCUGGUGGAUGCGAGCAGCUGGAGUCAUUCGGUGCAAUGGGGUCUUACCGUGCAAAACAAGCCACGUUUGCGAAGCCGGAGCUGCAAAAUAAUGUAACGGAGCUGCAGCACUUAGCAAAUGAACAUGUGGAGCUGAAUGACAUUAAUAUCUGUGCAGAUGGUGUUUCCCGAGAGCGUAAUGACCUCUUGCCACUCAAAAACACAGCGGUGACCCCACUGCCAGGGCAAGGAAAGAAAGCUGAUCAGCUCAUGGAAGAGCAGGAGCAAGAUAAAAACAAAGCGACCUUGGCAUUUAAAAACCAUGAGCAAUCCCACUUAAGCCGUAGUUUACUCGAGAAAGAAACUCUGGGCAGUGCAGCAGCAGAGAGGCUGGAAAGGAAUCAGGUGGGGCAGGAGGCACAGCCCCUGCGCAGUGCUUCCACAAGUCCCACCAGUCCCCCCGGUCCCUCCAAGGAGGAUCUCCACCAGGAUCACCACGUGGUGCCGGAGACGAACGCCGGUGCAGUCAGCGCGAAGGUUCCCAGAGAAGGAAGUAGCCAGAAGUCCCUCAAUGGCUGUCACUACGUGGGCGAAUCUCCAGCCAGCCUGCCCUUGCCAGCCAAUUUUUCUCACCCUAAAUGCUUGCAAAGUGGUGGGGCCGACGGCGGAGAGGUCCCCAGCUUUGGCACUCAGCUCUCAGGUGAGAAGAAAUACAGCGCAUCCCUGCUUAACGCAUCAAGUUCAUUCGUCAUGAAGAGGUGUCCUCCUGAGACCAACAGCCAUCGUGUCCAUCACCCCACCGCAAGCCCGGUAGAGCAAGGGACGUGGAAAAGGGCACCCCCCCUUCCUCCCUCGCUGCAUCACUGCGGGGCUGUGCCGAUAGAGGUGGUUGAGGACAGUCACCAUCACCUCCCUGAUGGUGUUUUGGGUGACUACGGACCACCUGAAAGAGAAAGGACAGCAAGACCCUGUGCUCUGCUGCGUGACGAUGGUCUAGCGGGCUCUGCCUUGGGGAUGGAUGGUCCCCAGAACCUGCACGGAAAGGACUGCUCUCUUCCCUGCUCACCACCUUUCAACCAAGAGGGCAUUGGGAAAGAAGUACCCGAAAGCGCUGGUGCUGUGCUGCCAAGCUCUCACUUUCAAGAAACCCAAGCGUGCACCAUGACAGACAUGGUCAUUAACUGCAUUCCUCCGGAAACCCAAGGCUACCCAACCCAGCCCAUGACAGAUCUUCUGCCAAUCAGAGAAAGAGGGGUAAACCUGAACCAAGAGAACAAGCUUGAAAAUUGCUCCGAUGAUGGAAAUAAACAUCAAAGUGAACCAGAAGCUUUGUCCAAUGGUUUUGUUGUUCAGCAGGUGCCAGCCUCUGCCAAUAGAGGUCUUACAAGCAUUGGAGAUCUUGGUCCUGCUGAAUUAAAUGGCCACGAGUUUGCAGAGGCAGCAGAAGUGAGACUUGGUCUUUCCAAAACCGCAGAGAACAGAGGGAAGUGUUUAAAAGGAGAGAAACCCAAAAGCCAUGGGGCUGGAGAAGCAGGGAGUUGUGUGUUAAAUGGUAUGGGCCAAGGAGAGAGCAACACACCUGACAGUGCGCCAAACCCUUCCCAAAACGAACUUCACAAAGAAAAGAAGCCAAAUGGGCUCCCGGUGACCUGUGACAUUUGUUCAGCCUCUUUCCGGUCCAAGCCUGGCCUGACCAGGCACAAAGCUGUCAAGCACCAGGUGAAGAAUGGUGGCGUACCACAGCCCAGCAAGACUCCCAGGUCCACUUUGAUUCCCACAGACAAGACAUUGAAAGCAGCCCAAAAGGUGCCCAGGAGGAGCCUGAAGGCUUCAGUCAAAGACAAAACUUGCAGCUCAGAGAUGCCGACCACCAACGUUGAACACAUCCCCAAGAAAAUAUGCCCAGACCUGGAGAAAGAGCCCAGCACACAGAUGCAAGAAGUGGUCAGCAGAGUGCUCAGCGACCUCAGCGUGAUCUCCUUUGAGAUGUCCCAGGAGCUGCACCGCACACGUGUUCUGCAGAGGGAGACGAAGGCAAAGGGACAGCGCUCAGAGACGAGGGGAGACGGCGAGGCAGCGUCUGGGAAGCUGGACUCGGGACGGCAAGCCAGGAAGGGAGAAAAGGGCAGAAGGAGCCAAAGCAAAGAUCCUGGAGAGGUAAACGGCAAUUCUGAAAAGAAGCUAAACAGGAAAGUGAGACGAAGGAAAGCAAAGGUAUUUCCCAGCAGAAAUGAGCCCGAUGGUCCAUGUGAGCUGGAGAAGAAUGCAGGUUCUCCCCCUGCUGUCCUCAGCUCCAGUCUGCCGAGGAUUAUGGAGGACUUGCACGGGCCAAGCGGUUGCAUCUCCACAGAGGAGCAAAAUAGAUCCAACUCAAGCCAGCACGCUCAAAAAGAUAAACAGUCCCCUUGUGCAGCUGAGCUUGCAGAGGACCUGGGCGACAGGAUGGUGUCUUCAAAGGAGAUGGUCAGCAAGGAGUCAGUAAUGGGCACGGUCACCUGUCCUGGGGCGGUGGAAGAUCCAAAUGGGGUGGAAGACAUGCAGGCUUGCAAAAAAUGGGGUAGCAGGUUUGUGAAGCAAGUGGAGAAGGGAUUGGGCAAGGUAGGCAAAGAUGGUGCUGAUGGCACGGAGGAGAUGGAUGCUGAGACAGGAGACAGUCCUGCAGUAGGCAGCAGCGCUGGGAAGGGGAGCGGUGCCCCACAGGGUCCCACAGCUCCUGCUGAAGGGGGUCUGCCGCUGGAGACGUGUGAUUCAGAAACCACCCAAAAGGCUCCCGGGCAGGGCACUCUGCAGCCCACGCCGGGGACCAGCCCUCCUCCUGCAGAGCCAAAGCGAUGGGCGAAGGCAGAGGUGCCACUGGGCAGAGAGCACUGCGUGGAGAGCGCGGCCGUCUCAGACCUCCAGAGCUUGUUUGAUGAUGACUCCACCUUCUCCCAGCUCUUCCCCCGGGAUGACCAGUUCAUCCGGAGGAAGUGCACGCGGGUGUAUGGGAAGCGCAGCAAGAAACCCAAGCCCACCACCGAGGUAAACCUCCAGCCAGCGGGUGCCAUCGACCUCUUCACAAUCCGAUUAGCUUCUGACCUCAGCGAAACCAGCUCCUUCUGUGUCACCAGGGAGGACCCUUGCGAAUAUGAAACCAUCUCUGUCGACGACGCCUUAAUGCUAAACAUGUGUCACAGCAGCAAGGCGAAGAGCGGAGAUGCUGCUCCCAGUGGAUCUAAAAGCACUGCGCCGAGGUCAGACUGUGAGAAGACCCACCAAGGGAAGGAGGACAUUGACCUGGAAGACAACAUGCUAACUUUCUUGUGCCAAAACAGCCAAGUGGACAACGUCCCCAGCUUGAACAUCUGGGGGAGUCUGGAGAAGGAGGGAGAAGGCCUCUCUGCCGAGGACAUGUUUGAGCCUCUGAUGGACCUUGAGGAUGAGCACUCGCUCAGAGAAGCGAGCUCUGAGCCCCCUGACCUGGUGGAGCAGCCCUACGAUGGCAAGGCUAACGAAGAUUCAGACUCUCCUGAAUUUCAUACCAUGGACAUCGAGAUGCUGAAUGCAAAGCUGAAAAUGAGAGACAUGUGCUUCUUCAGUCCUUGCGAAGAUCUUCCUGGCCAUGGAGAGGACAACGCUGUGAGUUUCAAGCCAAAGCCGGGCCAGCACAGCAAGCACAGAAGUAAGCUAGAAGAUGGGAAGUUGGGGAAAAACCGGAGUGAGAUAACCAUCAAGGGCAAAGACAAGCAGUACAAAUGCAAGGUCUGCUUCCAGUGGUUCCUGACGUUAGGGGAGCUGGACUUCCACAAGCUCUCCCAUAACCCUUCCCCUCCACCUACCUGCUACAUGUGUGUCCAGCGCAAAUUCAGCUCCCGGGAGCAGCUGAGGGACCAUCUGAAGGAGAAGCACGCCAAAAACAAAGCCGGUCUGUGGGCUUGCGGGAUGUGCCUGAAGGAGAUCUCUGACGUCUGGAUGUACAACGAGCACCUCCGGGAGCACGCCACCCAAUUUGCUCGCAAGGGGCAAGCGCAGAAGUCCGUGAUGGGCCUGCCAGCCUGCUUCAGUGACGACAAUGCCGCUGUCACCCACUUCCUCAACACCAUCAUGUAUCGGAAGCCCAGCAGGUCCUCCCGGCACGUCGACCCCAGCAGCAAGCAUGAGGUUAGCAGAGAGAGCAAGAGCCCCAGGGAGCUGCCCCUCGAGCAGGAGGCCAAGGCAAUGAAAGACCCCUUAGAAAGCAACAUCAAGGUGAAGCCACCUGCACCCAGCUCCUCUAAAGCAUCCGCCAGUCCGUCUCCAGAGCACAUAGCAAAAAGCGAAGGCACACCAAAAUCUGUCCCCAUGCACCCAGACUGCAAGGAUCCUUCCAGGGACUGUCAUCACUGCGGCAAACAGUUUCCCAAACCCUUCAAGCUCCAGCGGCACUUAGUCGUGCACAGUUUACAGAAGAUUUACUUGUGCCACAAGUGUCCGAUGUUCUACCAGGAGACCAAAGAGCUUCGAAACCACCUCAGCCAGGAGCACGGGAUAGUAGAGGAGCAGGAGAUCAAGCACACCACCCUGUAUGCCUGCGAGCUCUGCGCAGACGUCAUGCACGUUAUCAAGAAGUCCUUCAUCUGCAGCAUGUGCAACUACACCUUCUCCAAGAAAGAGCAGUAUGACCGGCACAUGGAGAAGCACCUGGUGGGAAGCAGCAAGACUUUCAAAUUCAGAGGGGUCAUGAGACCUGGCGUUGCCUCCAGAGACGGCAAGGAAAAGGUGAAAGAGGACGGCUCUCUCCGGGAGGGCAUGCCGCCAAACAAGAAGAGGAAGGUUGCCCACCACGGCAGCUCACUCCCACGCAGCUCACCGGUCCACCUGGACCACACUAGUGACCUUCAGCUGGUAGAGGCUGCAAGCCCCAGCCUGCAGGCUCCCACUGACUCCUUCCCUACGGACCCAGGAGCACCGCUGCCCCAGCCCUCCGUGAAAACAGAAGACCUGGUCGGUGACUUCUCUGACCUCCUGGCAGAGAUGGAGAAGUCCCAGUUUGACACCCUGCCUCCACCACCCUGCCUCUCCCCGUCUUUGCCACAGGCUGCGGCGAGCAGUCCGGAGCUCGGCCAUAUCGCUGCCCUGUCUAUCGAGGAGCUGGAGAAAGGACCAUUUGAUGGGAAACCACUGCCUUUCUUGGACUCGCCCGAGUUUACCAUUGACCUUGCUGGGUUGGCUUGUAACCAGGCCACAGACCAAAAACUCUCUCCUCCACACCUGACUGAGAAAUGUGGCUACACCGAUGCCAGUAAAAGAACAAGCGUAGGCAACAAAGAUGAAUAUAUAGCAGGUGUCCUGGAAAAUCCCAGCGCAGCCACCGAUGCCGUGGAUGAGAUCCCAUUUCUCCAGCUUGCCAAGAAGGUCUCGGAGCUUCCUUCCCCGGAGGCAGAGGCUCCAUCAGCCAAGGAGACCAACAGGUGGAGCAACCCCAGUGCCAGUGACGCCUCUUCUUGGGAAGGUGCAUCUAAGGCCACAUCUCCAGUGGCUGACCCCCAUCCCCUGCCCCUGAAGGACAAGACAGCAUCACCCACGCUGAACAGGGCUGCCAAAGAUUCAACCCUGCAGAAGAAGACCGCGGGUAGCCAGCCCAGCAGUGAGGCUGCUCCCGGCACGGGCAGUCCUGGCGGCAGCAUCGAGGAGGAUCAGCAAACCAUCUCGGGGAAGGAAAAAGCCACGCCCGAGGCUAAGGACAGCAGCGCUAAUGCCAAGGACCAAGGCGGCAACCCAAGCAAAUCCACCGGCCACCAGCCCAGAGGCGAGGCAGCCAGCAACGUCGUGAGACACGGCCACGUUGAGCCGAGGAAGGCCGCCGGCAAGCUUCACCCCAAGAGGCGGAAAGAGCACAAGUCUUUGAGCCACCGGAGCAGCUCCGGCUCCCGGGAGAACAUGGAGGGAGAUGGGAAAAAGAAAAAAGCCCGGACCCCGUGCCCAGGUAGGAGCGAGAGCACCAGCGAGCUCAAACGCGCCGGCUGGAGCAACGCCGAAGCUUCUGCCCUCUCCCCCGGGCGGAGGGAGACGCACUGCAACAAGCUGGUACCCAAGCCCAAAGCAGGCACCCAACUGAAGAAGAUGGUCCUGGAUACUUUCAACCAGAAGAAGGGGGAGCUCCGUCACGCCAACGGGGACGUCAAACGCAGGAAGGCCAUUCUGGGGAAGAGCCUCCACCAAGUGUUGGCCAAGGGGCCGGCACCGUCCCCGCGUGGCUCCUUGCACAGCCCGCGUGCCGCCCGGGGUGCCAAGCCGGCCGGCUCAGCCAGCUACCGCACCGCCGAGUCCCAGAACAACCUGCUAAGCCAACUCUUUGGGCAAAAAUUAACUAGCUUUAAAAUUCCUUUAAGAAGAGAUACUUCAGAAUAAUUUAUGGGAGUGACUUAUGGUGAUCCUCAGCUGCUUUCAUGGGGUUUGCAAGGGAAAAAUUAUCAAAGCAUUAAAUUCGUUUGUGUAGCAUGAUUUCUCUGUCUAGCUUAAAUGAACUUGCACUGCAGCCUCUGUGAAAUAGUUUGCUUUGUGUCUACUAAUCUACUUUAAUUCACCUGAUUUAUCAUGCAAAUGCUAGAACUUUGAUGUUGCUGAUGAUUUUCAUGAACUGAAAUUGUAAUCGCUUUGGGCAGACUGAAUCGUCGAGAGCAAUUGCUUUAUUGCAGAAGUGCUGAGGUUAUAAGGAUACUUGCAAAUCUCAGACCCUUUUGAGACUAUGUCUGUGUUAUCUUUGUACAAAGUACUUGAAGAGAUGAACUUCAUUCCGUAGACGUCUUAUUCAUAAGGUGCAGUACACUGUAGAAAGCAAAUUUUUUUUUUUUGAAGAUUUUGCACAAAUAAUCCCGUACAAUUCAUUUAAUUGGGAGCUGGCCUAAGAGAUGGUACAAUUAAAAAAAAAAAAAAAAUUAAAUUAAGAAGCGAGUGUCCUAUAUUUUGACAGCCAUCCCUAUGAAUUUGUUUCUACAUCGUCAAGAGAAUAACGAACCGGCUCUGGGGCUGCCGGGGCUGUCGGAGCCCUUCAGAGGAUGCUGCCGCUCUUUGACCACUGUAGGCGAUGUAACCAGAGCCGCCACCGCGAGCAAACUGCACCUUGACACUUGUGACAAACUCUGAUUUUUUUUUUAGGGUUUUGUGUGUGCGUGCGUGUGUGUGCGUGUGUGUGUAUGUUUUCUUUUUGUUCGGGGGAGGAGGGAGGUUGCGCAACGACAAAACUGUGCCAAUUUACCGCGCCGAACCGGUACUGUCCGAGUGCCCUCAACGGUAUCACUUCUAAACUAUCUUACUGUAUUGAGUUAGUGGCUAUAUAGGUAUCCGCUUUUUACUAUGCAGUUACUGGUGCUAUUCUUCUUUUGUAAUGUGAAUACAGCCUUCCUUGAUUAAAAAAUAAAAGGGAACCGUUAGGAAGUAGCCGUUACCUGUAAAAGAAAACGAAGCAGGAAAAUAAAUGUUUAAAAAAUCCAACUUUAGGAGAAAAAAUCCUGUAUGCUGGUACUCCAUAGUGUCAAAAAGGUUACGUCACGUUAAACGAGCACGUUAUACAACCGAACUUUUGAAUCCGGAAAGAAAUCUCAGGUGCAAAAGAGGACAUGGAAGAGAAUUAAAAAUACUAUUGAAAUACUCCCAAGUCAAGGAGGUGAAGUAAUGCACUGAUGUGAUAUGAACAGUCAGAGUACUUUGCGUCUGUCCUGCAAUUAUUUUUUGUUUUGUUUUAGAUUUAAAAGGAAAAAAAAGAGGCUUUAUUCUGUUAAUAUGUAUCUUUACAAUUCUUUGUAUUGUAUAAAAAUAUUGUAGGUAAUUUACCUUGGGUGCAAUGUGUUCUGUCAAAAGUUUUUAUUUUGAUAUUUUGUCAGAGAAGCAGAGAGAGAGCAGGAAACGCCGUUUUAUGAUGUUGUAUGUGUGCUUUUAAAGUGCCUCUUUAAUAUUGUUAAAUAAAGUAUGAGAUGAAAAUAUGGGGUGGUACUGUAAAAUCAUACAUGAAUAAUCUUUUCAAAUAUAUUCCAAUAUUUUCA